AUGCGAGUGGCUUAUCAACUAGCUGCAGACAACAGCCUUAAGUCCUCAGCCAAAGGCAAGAAACAGUACGAUAGACGUGUAAAAGGGGUCACUCUCCAGCCAGGUGAUAGGGUAUUGGUGAAAAAUCUGUCAGAGAGAGGAGGGCCAGGGAAAUUGCGUGCCUACUGGGAGAAGGUCGUACAUCGCGUGGUGGAGAGAGUGAGAGAUGGGCCAGUCUAUAAGGUGCAGCCAGAGAGAGGAAGUAAGACCAUGCGCAUUCUGCAUAGAAAUCUACUGCUGCCAGUAAAUGACCUACCUCUUGAAGAAGAACUUCCCGUGGACGAAAAGACCAGACGGAAGGGACAAAAACAACCUGAAAAAUAUGUUGACCAAACAGCAACAAGUAGCUCUGAUGAGGAAGAUGAGUAUACUUACCAUCGUGACCUCCGGAGCAGAAUCCCAUGCUACAGACUCGCAGACCCUUGCCAGCAAGAUCCUGUUAUUCUACAGGAGCGUCCUCAGCAACGGGAAACUGUCAUGGCACGGCGGAAAUCGCUAACUCAGCGCAAGUUAAAUGCAACAGCCAGAGAGUUCUGUCCUACUAACAGGCAAGAAUCUGAGGGCGAGCAGGACAUUGUGGAGACUGAGGAGUUGGUCAAAACAAGGUCUGACCAAGUGGAUGAAAUGGAUGGAGGAAACAUAGGAGAAAACGACAAGGUAAGGAGGUCACAGAGGAGAGGGCGACCAGCAGAAAAACUCACAUAUGACACUCUGGGUCAGCCAUCAUACCGCCAUUGGAGAACGGACAUGAACGCCCUCUCAGCCAGCCAACCCUACGUGUCCAAUCCCGGCUUUCCAUCCUCCUUUUACCCCAUCCAUCCCCAACCAUACUACCACAACUGGUACACUCUCAUACACUGACGGGUCCACACAAAUAGAAACAAAUGUCAGGAGACAUUCUUUGAGUGGGAGAGAGUGUAGAGGGUUGAAAUGAUCUCACUUCUGAGAUUAAGUAUCAAACGAUGAUAAAGAUAAAAACAGUCACCCCUAAAGUUUUUUUGUUUUGUUACAUUUGUAAAUUUGACUGUCAUUUAAGCACUGUUGUGAGUCCUGUGCAGUUUCACGUAAUAUGGUGCCAUCCCACAGCAAGACGCUAGAGGGCGUAUCGCGCUCGGGGUAUGGAGUAGCUUUGGGGCACAGAGGAAGAAUAAAACUUCCUGUUAUGAAGCUACGAUAGCUCAACGUGUGUGCCUUUUGCUAUUCUCUACCACAGGUCAGUAAAAACACCUUACAAUGACUGUGCAAUACAGACCAUAUGUGUAGAGAAGGUUGUUAUGAGAGACUUGUACAGGCCGGCAAAAGAAGCCGUUUGUGAAGCGAUUGGUGUGUAAAUCGUGGCUUAUUGAUGUAUGCUAAGCGAUGCUAAUGCUAGCGGACUUGGCUAAUGUGGAGUAGAGUGGGGAAGCUAACCAAAACUAAAUGAGAAACUGCUGGACUCACAUGUGAACUUUUACUCAUGUGCACUCUAUGAACAGUCAUAUGUUAUUCUUCUGGUUAUGAUGUUUAGUUAAAGUACAGUUUUGGUGGUUUAAUACCGAAACCAUUAAUGUAAUUUGGUAAGGUGACUUAGUGAGUAAUGGCGACUGUCGAUGAAUGACUCUUGAUGAGAGAGAAGCGCCAUUAAAGGAGCAUUGCAUUUUAUAUAGCUGAUAGUUUGCAUUAUAGCAUUAGAUGUGUUUGUUUUAUGAACAAAGCUAAUUAAUUGUGUAAACAAAAUGGAACAACAGCUAAAGGUAUGUAAAAAUAUAGUUCAUUCAGGCACUUAAUGCUGUAAUAGGUGUUUCAAUGGUUAAAAGCAAAUGUGUUACUGUCUGUUACACAUGUAGUUAAAAGGAUCGAGUUAAGAACAGCAGUAUGAGUGUGUUAUGUGUUUAUCUUUAAAAUGAAUGAGUUCUUGUUGUACAUUGUGAUUAUAAUUUGUUGAUGGACUCAAAGAGACUCUACUGAAUAGUUUUAUGAAGUUGUGGAAAUGUUUUGUGAUUCAUAUUGUCUUGACUCAGGAGCACGAUGGCCAUGUUUUGUAAAAGAGACUAAAGUGAAAGGCCAUUGGUUUAUAUUCAGUUUAGUAACACUUGAGGUAUGUUUAUAGAUUUUCUGGUGAAGAAUAAAACUUCCUGUUAUGAAGCUACGAUAGCUCAACGUGUGUGCCUUUUGCUAUUCUCUACCACAGCACCACACGUUGGCACAGGAAGCCAGUUGCCCCUCAGACGACAAAC